UGAGGUAGUGUCGGACUGUUCGCGCUCAACUCAAGUAUGUGUUCUACUGUCGGAACGAAAAGUUUAGAUUUGGCGGAGUAGUCAGCUAUCGACAAAAGUAUUAGACGACGGUUUUGUGUUGUUUUAUGCUGAAGUUACUGUCGAAACGUGAGAAUUGCUCUCGACGUUUAUUCGCUCGGUGGCUUUAAAAGCAGAUACCGGCAAACUUUCAUAGAUCAUACGAACACAUAAAAUUUGCUAGUGAUUCGUCAAAUUCAAUUAACGCCGAAACACAGUCGAGAGAGUGAGCCGAAGUGUGAAUGCAAAACAAGAGGUGUCUGGGUAUGCCGGAUCUACCACCCACCGCCCAGUGCAAACGCGACUGAAAACGAGAGAGAGAGAGAGAGACAUAUACAUAUACAUAGCGAGAGAAGGUAAACUCAUAAACCGAGAGCAAUGCGAUAAAACAAGGUGCAAAGAAGGCAAAUUGUUUGAAAUCGAAACCCCAGUGGCGGCAACAUAAUCCUGUCUGCUCGCAUGGACCUCGGUUCAGUCUGUUCUGUGACUCCGUUCGUGUCGCGUGCUUCUGGUGGCAUGCUCUGCUGAUAGCCUAGGGUUAGGUUAGACUUUGCGGGUGGCAAACAGUAAGUAGGUGUUGAUACCGGAAGUGGCCCUGAUAAGGUCAUAGAACUAGUUUGACCAUUGUAGCAAGUGACCGCCGCUGCGAGGUCGAACGAUUAGAGCAGGUGUUUGUGGUAUUGUGCUGUUUUUAAUUUUUGUGCGGGCUGCAAGUAUUUCAAGUGACUGCAUUGAACUGUCCAAAAAGUUGCCACCAUUUUUCCCUUCGACAUCUUCAACUUGUACUCCGCCGAUCUGGAGCAACGGAGCAGCUCGUUGGGCCUGGAGGCGAACUGCCUUAAAAGGCGAAAAUGUAACAACGACAUGGAACGGGAACGGGACCGAGAUCGUGACCGCGAACGGCCGGAACGGGGCAGCGGCGGUGGAGUUCCGACCGACCGGGACGUGAAGCACUCGCUAGAGCCACGGGAUCUGUCCGCGACGAGAUUGUUUUCCGCAACACAAAUCAAAAUUAGCACUUCACCCACCACGUCACCGACAAUUUCCAACUCGUCCUCGCCGACGCCGACCCCGCCAAUACCGGCCGUCUCGCCGGCAGUGACGAGCGUAGGCAGCGGGUACCACCAUUCCAAUCACAAGCAGAUCACGGGAAUUCCGUGCGUGGCGGCUGCCUCCAAGUACACUGCCCCGGUGCACAUCGACGUCGGAGGAACCAUCUACACCAGCUCACUGGAGACAUUGACGAAAUAUCCAGACUCAAGGCUAGCUAAGCUGUUCAACGGAUGCAUACCGAUCGUUCUGGACUCCCUCAAGCAGCACUACUUCAUCGAUCGCGACGGUGGCAUGUUCCGGCACAUUCUGAAUUUCAUGCGCAACUCGAAGCUGUUAGUCGCCGAUGACUUUCCCGAUCUCGAGCUUCUGCUGGAGGAAGCCAAAUAUUUCGAUAUUGUUCCUAUGAUCAAACAGAUCGAUCAAAUCAAAAAGGAACGGACGCGCAGCGGGAACGGAUGGCCCCCGUUCGGGAGCAGUCGGCUCAGAAGCAAAUCGUCGACUCCACCGGAUUCCAAUCAUGACGUGGUUGCACUGCACAUAUCUCCCGAUCUUGGCGAACGGAUUUUGAUUUCAGCCGAACGAUCCAUUCUGGACGAAGUUUUCCCGGAAACGAACCAGGCCAUUCUGGACGCUAGAACCGGUGCAGCCUGGAAUCAGUUCGACGGUAGGCAGGUGAUCCGAUUCCCCCUGAACGGCUACUGCAAACUCAACUCCAUCCAAGUGCUGACGCGGCUGUUGAACGCUGGCUUCAACGUCGAAGCCAGCACCGGCGGUGGAGUCGAAACGCAACAAUUCUCCGAGUAUCUACUUAUUCGUAAAAGUUCAAUGUGAUAAUCUAUGUGUAAUUAUGAGAGAUAGAGACGACAUUAAGCACACCGUUAGACAGGGGCUCUAUGUUUUAGCUAACUUUUAGCGAACGGCGCUUAGUUUUUUUUAUUUAUUCUAUUCGUACAAAAAAAACGAAAGAAAACCAUGACACAAAAUGAACUAUGUCCAUUUUAAUGUAGUAUCCAGUAAAAGCUGAUAAGAAAAUGCGAAUAAUUGUUUAGGAUAAACGUGCUCCUGAAAAUGAAUGGAACGAAAAAUCUAAUUGAAAAUUAGUGUAAUUAGAAAAUUCUCAAAUUAAUCACAAUUUAUGUUACCUCCUUUAAGUAAGUGACAUUGGAUCGAACUAAUAAAAAUUUUCAGCUCUAA